UAUUUAUAGUACAGGGAAAUACUGUGGAAAAACCUAUGCUAGUUUCAGUUUCAAGACGUUAGAAGUUACUGGUGCCCAAGGAUGAAAAGCUUGAACUGAUUAAGAAGAAAACCACUUUAGCAUGCUAAUAUGACACAUUAUCAAGCAGUAAAUGGAAUAGGUGAAGAUCACAGGAAAAUCGGCCAGCCUCAACCUGAACGAGUAGCUAUGGACCACAGCCAUACAAUUCAUUCCAGUCCUUCUGGUGGCGAUACACACACAAUGAUGACAACAAUUUUAAAAGAGGUCCGAGAUAUCAAGCAGUCCUUACUGAAGAUAGACCAUCUACAAACCACAAUUCUUAGUGUACAGCAAAGUCUUGGUGGCCUCAACGAAAGGGUAGAACAGGUAUCAACCACUCUAUUGCAGUCACACGAACAAGUGAACCACCACCGACAAGGGAGACAAACGGAGGAGGUGGUGGAUAAUACCGUGAGAAAUCAGGUGAAUGAAACACUCCCAUCCUCUGUACAGGCUUCAAGGUCAAAUUCCAAGGUUGACGGCAGUUUUUCAGGUGCUGAGGAAAUAAAAGACGAACAUAAACCUGAAAGAAACCGUGACAACAGGGAUACACAUCCUGUUGUAACAGAAACAAGUUUUAUCAGACGACAGUCUUCCACACAAGAUACAAGACCCAGUGCUGACAGAAGUACACCUGUAUUGCCCAGUGGAGAUUCAAUGCAGAUGAACUCUCCUGCUACCAGAGGAUUACCAGUGGAAAGAUCCCUCUCCAGUACCUCUCAACAAGAAACACAGUUCAACGGAAAUACCAGCGUGGAGCCACAACCAAAUAUCAAUUUUGAUGCUUUCAAGAUCAAAAUUACACCACGAAAAAAAGACAACAGGUUCAAAUAUCAUAAAAUGUCCCCAUCAGAUUUAGAGAGAACUCCAUCACCUGUGACGCCAGUAAGAACAGAAGAACCACCUGUGACGCCAGAAAGAACAGAAGAACCACAGAGCAUGGACGACCUUGACCCUGUGACCUCCUUACAAUCACAGGAAGAGGAAGAAGUUGUUCAAGAGUCUGAUCAACCAAGAUCUAUGACAGACACAGUCCAGCCGAUACAGGGUACAGAAUCAGAACAAGCAGAAACUGAAAGCCCUUCCCAAGAGAUGGAGUCUGAAUUGGGUAAUGGUGAAAGGGAUGACACGGAAACACCAGUCAAGGUGACCGAGGAAAUAGCAACAGCCACCGUUAAACCAAUAAUUGCAGCAAUAAGUGAAACUGUUGAAGAAGGAGCUGAAAAUGAAGCAUCUGAUGGCCCCCUUCCCAAAGAAAGGCAGUUUUUGGAAAGUCUAACCCUGAAAGAGGCACAGAGAGCUGCUGAAUGUCGAGACCCUAAAUCUGAUGGAGCAGAUACAAUAAUAUGUAUUGACACCUCCGAGAGCAUGAGAGGAGCCCCCAUACAGCAAGCCAAAUAUUUCGUCAACAGUUUCUUAGAAGGUGUUGAGGAAUGUGCUGUUGACCACGCUUUGGAGGAGAACAUCGCCAUAGUUACCUUUGGUAAAGUUACAGCAGUAGCACAGCAUCUUACUAACGACUACUCAAAAAUCAGGGACAUCCUCGAGGAGCUAGAGAUCGAGGGGGCCAGUCCCAUAAUGACAGGCUUGGUGCUCUGUAUGAGUGCGAUCUAUAUAAGAGGUGGUGUGGUGUCAUUCCGUAACAGAAAGAUCAUGCCUCGUAUUAUACUGGUAUCGGACGGCCAUGUGACAGACUCGAGGAUAAUGGACGGGCCAGAUGUAGCCCAUCCCAAUGGAAUGAGUGAAUCAGAGGCUAAGCAACAGCUCAUAGAGUUUUCUGAUAGACUGAAGAAUGAACAUCGCAAAGUCACCUGUAUACCUGUGGGUGAUGCUGAUAUGAAUGUCCUAGAAAAUUUGGCCAACACAACAGGAGGUGAGAUUGCCAAGGUGGAGGAAGCAAGGCAACUAAGUAAACAGUUUCUCUUGGACACAAUAGUCGCACGUGUGAUGACAGAUGAAGCUCUCAGUAAACCCGACUUUGGGCGACAGGUGAUGGAGACCAUUGUUAGGGACAGCACCACAGGCAAGGAUCUUACUGGCGAGGAGAUAGAUGUUGUGUUCAAAAAGGUGAUGGCAGAAUUGAAGGAAAAUCCUGGGAGUCGGGAUGGAUCGGGCAUGGAGGAUGGGCCCAUCCCUGUUGGGACGAGAGUACGGAGGGGCCGGGACUGGGUCUGGGAUGAUCAGGAUGACAACAUGGCUGGUACUGUCAUUGGACACAAACAACGAGGAUUAGUUGCUGUAGAAUGGGACAGUGGACGAAAGGGAAAGUACCGAAUGGGAUCCGAAGACUCGUUUGACCUACGAAGUGUGGAUGAGCCACGUUUUCUACCAGAAGGCACGCUGGGAGCUGUAGGAGUGUGUUGCAGAAGAGGACCUGACUGGGAAUGGGAAAACCAAGAUGGUGGGGAAGAUCAAAUCGGAGUUGUCUUCAAGAUUGAGGACAAUGGUGUCAUUCAUGUACGAUGGCAGAAUGGUAAACGAGGAAACUACAGAUAUGGCAUACAUGGAAAAUUUGACAUAGAAAUGUGCCCAGGAAGGAGGCCAGUCCAGAGUGGAGCAUCGAGUGAAACACAGAACUCACCCCCUGUCAAAACCACCAGGACACGAGUACAGUGGCAGUGGGAGGUAGAACAAGGGUCGUGGAUGGACCACAGCACACAGGCUUCCAACAAGAUCGAGGAUCUGCACGUGAAGAGAGGCCGGGGCACCACUCUGGUUGACAUUGACGGACAAUCGUAUCGAGUUGUAAUCCAGAACAAGAAACAGAGGAACACAGUGUCAGGUGUGGAAAACACCAUCAGGAGACAAGAAAUAGAAGAAACAUAAUAAAAACAAGAAGACCAGAGUCAAUACGCUGUGAAAUGAUAAAAGGAUUCGGAGGAUUGAACUCCUUUUGUGAAAGAUUUGUAUAUAAGACUGUUACUUGUGCUGAAUUUGUGAUAGACAGGAAAAAAAUUCAAAGAAUAAUGUUUGAUUUCUCAUGCAUGUACUUCACUGGUUUGAUUAACAAUAUAUGCUGAGUUUAUAAAUAAUGUCAUAUAUGUUGAACAUAUAAAUCUACAUGUAUAUCAAGGGUCAUAAUAUAGGAGAAAUGUAUGAAGAUUGUUUUGAUGUAGCCAUCUGUAUGUAUCAUCCCCGAUCUAUCUUUAUUUGAGACAAACGUAAGAAAAAAGAAAAAAUCCAUGCUCAUUGUUGUUUAUGCUUCUUACCCAUAAUAGAAAGUACAAAGGGCAAUGAUUCUCACACAAGUGUUAGUUUUUAACAGCUUUUAAUCUAAUUUUAAUAACUUACAAUUACUCCUGUUGACGGGGAUUGUGGCAUGCAGAAAUUCCUAUUGAUGUUGAAGGAAACCAGAAUCGCUGGGUAAAAUACACCAGAUUUGGGAGACCCAUGACUUGUCAAGUCCAGUUAGGGAAUAGAACUUCGGCCAUCUUGGCGAGUGUGCUAUCAACUGCACCACCAAACCACCCAUGUCCUAGACUUACACUAGUCCUAAACCAUCACUAGUCUUUUAAAGGUUGGUCCUUAGUAACACCUUUCCCCAUUUACUGUAAAGCAUGGUUAUAACGAAACCCAAGGGACCUAAUUUAUCAUUUUGUUAUAAAGAUAGUUUGUAUUACGUUUAUACCAAAUUUUGUUUUUGUUAUUUUUUAAAAAUAUCACGAUUUGAAAAUAUUUAUACAGUCAACAGAAACUGAACUAAACACACAUAUUUUUCAAAAUAGUAAUUAAUGUGUCACACUGAGACAUCUAAGAAUGGAUUAACAACUCAACACCUACAUUGUCAUCCAAAACCCAACUCAUUUGAUACGGUAGUCUGGUUAUACACAUACAAAGCACAUGCAAGCAAUUGCUACAUAAAACGCAACUCACUGUGUUCAAUAGUUGUACAAAACAUGUAAAGCCCCUAUCUCACAUACACGAUUUAAGAAAUUGCAAACACGAUUUAAGAAAAGUUGAAAAAAUUGUGUUGAUUCGUGCUCAACUUUGUGGUUUAUGCAAAUUUCUUAACCAAACACGAUCCUCAAACAACCAAAAACGAUCCUCAUACGACCCUCAUACAACCUUCAUACGACUGAACACGACACACAUACGACCGUCGUAAGAUAUUCAUACGAUACAAUACGAUUUAACCUCAUUUAACCCGACCCCAAUACGACUGUCAUACAACCAAACACGACUGUCAUACGACUUAACACGAACGCUAUACGAUUAAACACAA